GCACCGGUUGGCUGCCAUGAACAAAUGUCACUAGAAAAUCCCGUGACCUUGGUUUGUUUGUGCGUAUAUUUUUUUCCGCAAAUUUUCCUCUGAAAACCAUCAAAACAAUGGCCCGGCAACUGGCAAGACUUGGUCAGUUGGACAUCAAGAAGACCCUCUUCUUGCUGUGCGACAUACAGGAUAAAUUCAAGCCCGGCAUGAAGCUUUUCGAUCAAAUGGUGAACAACAGCAAGAAGUUGGUUGCUGCCAGCAAACAUUUGGACGUUCCUCUGAUCGUUUCCGAGCACUAUCCCGAGAAACUGGGCAGGAUUGUGAAGGAUCUGGAUGUUAGUCAUGCCAAAAUGGUCUACGGGAAGACACUGUUCAGCAUGGCAACUCCUGAGAUGAAGAACAAGGUCAAGGAGCUCUUCCCGAAUGAUUUGGAGUCGAUUGUCCUCUUCGGAUUGGAAUCCCACAUUUGCCUGGAACAGACGGCCGUUGAUAUGUGUGACAUGGGAUAUCAAGUGCACAUCGCUGCUGAUUGUGCCAUGUCUCGGUCUCUGGAGGACCGGGCCAUUGCGCUGCAGCGUCUGAGAGAGAUUGGCUGCCAUAUUACCACCAGUGAAAGUAUCAUCUUCAAGUUAAUGAAAGACAAGAACCACCCGAAAUUCAAUGAAGUGCGAAAACUGGUUACAUUCACGUCAGAAGACACGGGAUUGUCCAAAUUGUGAUAUGAAAGUGUGUGAAGAGGAAGAUUCUUUUCGGCAAAAGGUGCAUUUAUAAAAGGAACACGAAGAGGGACAAAAAAAAAUUGGCUGAAACAGCAAAGUUAUAUAUAACCAAAAAGGUAAAAAUAUUUUUUAAUAAAUCCACUUUACAUAACUGUACAAUUCUUGGGAUUUCUGUUUGUUGAGUUUGUUGAUUUAAAAGAUUUAAAACAAAAAAAUGUAUAAGGAAAAAAAAAGAAAAACAAUUUAUUGUGAUGUAAAAAAAAUAUCAACAUCCAGAGCGCGCCAUGUACGUAUAAAUUUGCUUGUACAAUUCUUAUUAUUUUUCUUCCCAUUUUUUUUGUUGAAAGUUCUUUUAUAAUAUUAUAUAUAAAUCGGUGAUUGAAAUCUGCAAAGGAAGAGAGAUGAGUGAGCAUUAAAUGUUUUGGCUAUAGCAAGAAUCAUUGGAUUGGUGAUUGUUACCUUUUACACAAUUUUUCUUAGCUCUCGAGACUUUUAUUCUUUUUAUCUUUAUUUUGCCCCUGUCUUUCAUUUUUUUUUUGUUGUUGGCAAAAUACCGAGAUGCGGAAGAGCGAUUUAUUUUUAGUGGGUUAAUCAGGCAUCUGUCCAGAUUGUGCACUUCUUGGAACGGUCCACAGUGGCUAGGACUGAACUGAAGGGAUGCCAAGAUGUUGCUGUGACUGCAGACCUGCCGAAAAAUGCGCCAUUCCUCAAUAUAACAACAGAAAGAUGAUAAAUUUUUCCAAAUUCCAAAGUUAAAGCACAAAACAAUUGCAGAGUAAUUUCAUUAGUGAGAUACUUUUUUUUUCAUGCUUUCUUUCACUCUGCCAUUAAUUCUUCUCCUGUGUCUGAUGCUUAGAGGCUAGUCCGUAUUGUCAUUUUUUUUCUCAAGUUGUUAUUAGCCUCUUAAAUGGGGAUUGUGGUGCUUGGAAUUUUCUUUUUAAAACAAUUUAUGACCCCUAUUUUAUUGGUUUUCCGAACUAUUUUAUUGAUAUUUAAGUCGCUCUGGAGAAAUAGUUUCUUGUAUUUAAAGAAAAAAGAAAACUAUUGAUAAAAUUUUGUAGAAAGAUAUUAGAAGGAAAUGUUUUCUUUUCUGUAAGUAAUGCAAUAUUUGUAAGAAAAUAAAAUUUUUACCUGAAAAAAAAA